UUAUUGUUGUCUACCCUCAAACAAAAUAAAUAUUGGCGCAUUAUUUGCACCAAGCAGCGCCGGGCUGUUUACGCACCAAGUGGCUACUUUAAAGAUUCUUCAAUAUGAUUAAAAUGCGACCAUAUGUGCCGUCGAAUCGUAUCGCCAUACGUGACUCCAUCGACGAGGAGAUUAGUGACGAUGUGGACGAUGACGUCUUUAUUAAGGAUGCGCGCACCGCCAAGUUAAGUGAAGAGAAGGGCCUGAAGCGUCCACUAAUGGCACCGCGCCGUAAAAAUGGUAAAAUGCACAACUCGGUGCCAAUUAUGAUGAAGCAUCGCCGUUGUUGGCGUUGCUGUGAGCCCUUCUGCUAUGGCCUUGCCGCACUAACUGUCCUUAUUGCCUUGAUAAGCCUCGCAGCGCUCAUCCUGACCAUGUUUCCCAUACCGCUGCAACGCAUUAAAGUGUGGCUGAAGCGCGAGCCCACAGCGCCGCCGGGUGCAGCAGCUUAUGCGGGCGGUGGUCAAUCGUUGGCUUACGGCAGUAGUUUGGGUCCGGAGGUUGUGCCUUGCACACAAAUUAGCGUGCAACGCUUGUGGUCGCGCACUUUUCCACGCAUGAACAGCGAGAGUCCAGUACGUAAGGCCGAUUUGAAUGGCGAUGAUAUUGCAGAUAUCAUUUUCGGUUUCGGCGUUGAUGAUAACAUUCAGUAUGAGGGUUUUACGUUGCCCAAGUGCAAGUCCGCACAAGGCGACGACGAGGUGCCUUGUGAAGGUGGCGUGAUUGCUAUAAAUGGCGCGACUGGCGGUCUACUCUGGCAGACGUGGAGUGUGGCGAAUGUGUUCUCACUGCUGUGUACAUUGGAUAUUGAUCUUGAUGGCUAUCCGGAUUGUGUAGCCGCAGGCAGGCUGGGUAUGAUAUUCGCCAUCAAUGGCCGCAGCGGCACCAGCAUUUGGGAGUUUCGUGAAGUCGAAGUGGAAAGCAACUCGCCCAUCGUGAUGGAUCUCUACACAAUAAAUAUCAUACGUGAUUUGGAUGGCGACGAAAUCUCCGAUAUACUUGCAGCGCAUCUCGAGGAGCGCGAAGAGUCCAAAGCGGGCCAUAUUAAGGUGAUUUCCGGCAAGACAGGUAAAGUCAUACGCACGAUACCAACGCCGUUCAAAGAGGAAGUCUUUGUGCCUGUGCAGAUGCUUACAAAAGAGGAUGGCACCGAACUACUAAUGAUCAUUACCGGUGGUCAAAAUACACCUGGCGGCAUCUAUACCAUACGCUUACUUUCCCUUAUGCAAUUUACGAGUGAAAAGGAGUUUACACCACUCUUUCAAAGUAAACACUCCGGCGUGAUGGUGCCCGCAGUGAUUACCGAUAUAACGGGCGAUCAUAUUGCGGAUAUUGUGGCAGCAUCUUUCAACUCGUCAGUGUAUGCUUUCGACGGGCGCAAUUUCAGCAUGUUGUGGAAUUACACUUUUCCGGCUAGUGAAAGUGUUAGCGCAAUUGUGCCUGGACAUUUCAAUAAUGACAAUGUGACUGAUUUCAUGGUGAAAUAUAAUACUGGACCGGGUUUCCCAGUGUAUUAUUAUUCGCAGACCACUAUACUGGAUGGUAAAACGGGUAAGCCCUUGUUGGACACAAUGAUGACUGAUUCCGGUGGUUCGAAUAGCUUGCUGGGUGGUGUCUCGGUAUCGCAGAACUACGGUGGCGACUUCUUUUUGCAUUGGCAAAUGCAAUGCAGGGAUAAGUAUAACGCGAAAGAUGCUUAUGAAUUUAUACCAGACAGCGACAUCAUUUUACAAUCACGCGCAGACACUUGUCGUCUGCGUUACAACACUUCGACUGUGCUGAAACUUUACGCAAUUGCACGCCAUAUCGAACCACCAGGAGCCGUAAUUUUUAGCACAGACGACAUUGAGGUGCACCUCAACCGCACACAACGCCCACAAUAUGCUAAACAGAAUUCGAAGUCCCCUCUAAAGCAUCCUAAACUGCUCAAGAAGCUGUUAGCAAAUCGAGAGGAGCUGCUAAAGAAAAUCGCCGUGAGCGCUGACUUGGAAAAGCUAGAGAAGGCAACGAAACAUCAAAAUCAGCCACAUUACAAGGAAAAUGCGCUGAGAAAUCCGAUAUUCGAUCAGGAGAUACUGCAGGAGAUACUACCAAAUAAUGAAUUACCCGCCGAAAAUGUUUUUGAGCCCGCUAAACAAAAUAGCUACACUAAUUACUACGCUGGUGGUUAUGCCGCCAAUGGCAACGAACCAAUGCGUGAGACGCAAAAAGACUACGAGUCCGUGGUUGGCGCACGUGUGCCCGAAGAAUACGACACGCUCUAUGCUGACAAUGAAGUGUCGCAGCUGGUACCGCAGAAUGAGCAUCCCAUACGCUUGCGCACGAAAUAUCCCGGCAAUCGCGAUGUGCGCAGUGACAUAACAUCCUUUGAGGAUGAGCAGAAUACUACGCAAACCGUACCUACUGGUGGUGUGCCGCAAAACAACUUAGAUAAACAGGAGCCGCUUAGCUUAUGGGAUCUGGAAAUGGAGAAGGAGGAGCGUGAUGCUAUUAAAGAGUCACACAAAUACGAUUAUUCGACAAAUCAAGAUGAUACAAACAAAAAAAGUAAACGUAGCCGUCUAAGACGUGAUGAUAGCACACAAGCGAGAGUGUCGGACGAUACGGACGUGACUUCUGCUAGUCCAUCAACUAACGAUGAGUCCGAUGAAUGGUUCCUAUCCUCAAUCUCAUCUACGGGCGUGUUGUUGAAGACGCUAAAUGGCACACGCUCUUCUGUGGAUUUCGCUUUCGUGUUAAAUAUACGUGAGUCGGAGACAUAUCCACCACUCUUUAGGCCCCAGGAUCUCAACUGCGUUGAGGAAAAGAUAAGUGCUUAUAAAAGUUACACAUUAGACAAUCUACGUAUACUGCGAAAGCAAUUCCUCAAGCAAUGUCUAAGUGAUCGUCUAGUGAAUGUUACACCGCAUGUGCCGAAGUAUGAGUCUCAAUUAAUUGUGACACGUAUCAGCAUUUCGUGUACGUGUCAUACGCUACAAAAGGGUCAGGUGUGCUCUGAGCUGGACGAUAUGCAGACGCAGCGUUGGACAGAGUAUAUGGGCAACGAUGGGCACGGUUAUUAUGCCAACUAGAUGUAGGCUUAGUUAUGGAAUGCAAUUAGGUGGGGGUUGGAGGAAGGACGUCAUUUAAUGUAAGAAACAAAACUGAGAGAGCACAAAUUAAAUACCGUUUAAUUUAAUUUUCCAAUUGCACAACAGUAAUUUUAAUAUGUUGUUUAAAUUUAUUUAUAAAAAGGAGUGUAUUUGAGUUUUGGUGAAUACCAUUUGUAAAAUUAGCAGACCGUCAAAAUAUUUAUGAAUGGUGCCAAGCAUUUCCAUGGUGCUAAUUUUUUUUAAAGAAAUUUGCUUCAAGAAGCUCUUUUAUGUAAUAAAAAUAAAUAAUAUUCAAUAAAAAGGAAACAAUUUUAAAA